AUGAGCGCAAAAUCGCUGUAUGCGAAUGACACAUUCCGCAAUUGGAGAGAAAGGGUCGUCAGCGAUGUGAAUUUCCGCCGUAUUCUUGCGCCACUUCAUAUUGUUCCAUUCGCAGCUGGAAUGUACUCUAACAUCUAUUUCCUGGGAGGUUCAAAAACGGGCGCUUUGUUUGUGAAGAAAUUUUGGGAAGAGGAAACCGUUCCAGUAAGGUGAGU